GUUAUGCCUCUCCAUUAAAAAGUUAUGCCUCGCCCUAGCUCCUUCCUGCGGCCGUCUCCGCCUUCCGAGCUUGGUGCUUCUCCUCGUGCUUAAGCGAAGUUCUUUCCUUUUGAUUCUUUGUUUCUGGUUUUAUGGCUCCUUCCCAACUUAGAGAUCCCGGUUUUUUUACUUGGUUAUUCUCCUCUUUCAUUUAAAGAUGCUCUUUCUAGUUCUUCUUCUUCCUCUGUUGCUUUUCCCGAACUUAAGGUUUCUUCGUUUAGAGGCAUGCCAGCUCUGUGGAUAUCGGAGGUGGAAAUCAAUUCCCUGUCUGUCCCUUUCGAAUUUGCUCUCGUGGGAAAAUUUCUUGGCCGAAGGCCUUCUCUUUAUGCAAUUAGGAAUUUUUUCUUUAAACUUAAGCUUAAUGGAGAAGUUUCUGUCACCGUUCUUAACCAGCAGAAUGUGUUGAUUAAGCUCUUCAAUGAUUUGGAUUAUUGUAGGGUCUUUGCUCAUAGAUCUUAUUUUGUGAAUAAUUGUUUUAUGAAAUUGAUUAAAUGAUCUCCUACCUUGGAUGUUGAGAUCGAGUCUCCUGUUAUCCCCAUCUGGAUUUCCUUUCCAAACCUUCGGUCUCAUUUGUAUGCCCCGCGUAUUCUUCAUGGCCUUGGAUUGAUUUUUGGCAAACCUUUGAAAACGUACUGAUAAUGCUACCUCUACCGGUUCUCGUCUGUCUGUUGUGCGCAUUUUGGUUGAACUUGAUGUGUCCAAACAGUUUCCUGAUAAAGUUUGGAUUGGUCCGAAAAACUCUGGUUAAGUGCAAUCUAUGGUUUUGGAAGAGUUUCCAGAGUAUUGUGUGCAUUGUUCAUCCUUGGAGCAUUCUAAAGCUGGUUGUAAAAUUCUUUAUCCGAAUCUUGUCCCUUCUACCCUUCAUCUGUCUAUUUUGGGGGUGGGAGGACCUGUGGUGGCUCCGUCGGUUCCAGAGGCUUCGCCUGUUGGUGAUGUUUUGGCUGAGAUCGCUAUGUCUAUUCCUUCUAUGAGUCCUGCUCUGAUUACUUCUUCUAUCCCGAAUUCUGCUCUACCAUUUGUAGAGAAUGUUAUUCCUGCGAAUGUUUUUCCUCCUUCGAAUGAUGUUUUAUUGUCUGUUAAUGAUAGUGUUGUGGGUGACGUUUCCUCCCCUGCUACCCGUAAUGUUGCCAGUGACAUGGCCCCUUUAACUGAUGUUAAUUUUAUAUCGGCUGGUGAGGCCUGUGAGGGUGUUGAUGUUUCUAAUUCACCUAGGGUGCGGCCUAUUGCUAUUCCCAAUUUGGGGUCUGUGUCUGGCGCCGCCUCUUUGCCUGGGUGUGUUUGUCUUAUAGAUGAGGUUGAUUUAGCUGUUGAUCCUUCAGUUCAUAGGGAUAGUGAGAGUAAUUUGCCUUCUAUUAUGGGCUUGGUGAAUCAGAUUGAUGCUAAGGGUAUGGCUAAAGCUUUUACUGGUGGUGAUACUGGAACUAUGGAUAUUGUUGCUGAAUUUUGUGCCCUUUCUGAGGGUAAUGAACCCUUGUCUAACUCUCUUGAAGAGCCUCUUUUAAAUGUGCCUUUAACUUUUUCUUCGAAGGAUGAUUUGCAUUCUAGGAUUUCGAGGGACAGUGAGGUGGUUCGGGGUGAAUGGCUACAUGUUGAUAACUUCUCAGCUGAUGGUGAAUAUGGUUAUGAGGAUUAUUUGGACCUCGACCGGAAUCUUUUAAACGAAAUGGCAAACGUAGAACUCGUAAUUCCAAAAAUAAGUAAUCUUCUUUUUUUGGGUUUGAUUUGCUUUUGUGGAUGAUGAUGAUGCCCCUCGGAAGGCCAUGACUUCGAUGCAAGCGACACUUCCUGGACGGCCCAAGCCUGGCAACCAGAAGGAAACAAGAAGAACAAAGGAAACCUUCAUCAUCAAAAGAACCUGCAAUAGAAGCACCAAUAAUUUCCCUCAAUUAAGAAAAGAACUGUAACGUUGAUAUCAAAAGAAGAUCUGCAAUAUUAACAUCAAAAGUGGACCUGCAACAUUAAGAAGAAGAUAAUUACCUAAAAGUUCUCCAACCUGGUCCAAUUAUGUUCUAUGUUCCUUUAAUAAUGCAGCAAGCUAAAAUACUAGAACCAUCAUGUUCCUUGCUUAAACAAAGUGUGGCACUUCUUCCUAUUCCAACUACUGCACAUGUGCUCUUGAGGACCCAGUUGAGAGUGACAGAAAACCAUCUAUAUCAGCUUUUCUUCGUCACAAAGGCAAGAUCAAUAAUUAUUUGUUUUAUUGCUUUUUUUUUCUUAUUUAUUUUUCUUUUGUCUAUGUAUUCAGAAAAAUAUGGUUGCAAGAUCAGUCAUGGGGUGGUUAGUUUCUCCUUCAAUCACAUUUGAAGCACAUUCUAUGAAGUCUGGACGGAAAGAACCGUCCGGAUUGAUGCAUAUUUUGUGAGAUUUAUUACGUAUUUGAACAUACACAGUAAAUCUCACAAAAUACACAGCAAAUCAGCAAAUACUCACAA